ACCAGCCGGGCACUUGAGAGUCCAAUGUACUUCUUCCUUUUCUACUUAUCUUUAUCUGACACCUGCUUCUCUACUUCCAUAGCCCCUAGAAUGAUUGUGGAUGCCCUUCUGAAGAAUAGCACUAUCUCUUUCAGGGAGUGCAUUAUCCAAGUCUUUUCAUUUCAUUUCUUUGGCUGCCUGGCAAUCUUGAUCCUUAUGCUGGUGGCCAUUGACCGCUAUGUGGCCAUCUGUAAACCCCUGCACUACAUGAGCAUCAUGAACCAGCGGGUCUGCAGUGUGUUGGUAGCUAUAGCCUGGGUAGGGGCCUGUGUGCAUUCUUCAGUUCAGAUUUUUCUGACGUUGAGUUUGCCUUUCUGUGGUCCCAAUGUGAUCGAUCACUAUUUAUGUGACUUGCAGCCCUUGUUGAAACUUGCCUGUACAGACACCUAUAUGACCAACCUGCUACUGGUGUCUAAUAGUGGGGCCAUUUGUAUAGUGAGUUUUGUAUUGCUGAUGUUCUCCUAUGUUGUCAUUUUGUAUUCUCUGAGAAACCACAGUGCUGAAGGAAGGAAAAAGGCUCUUUCCACCUGCAUCUCUCAUAUCAUUGUAGUCAUUUUGUUCUUCGUUCCUUGUAUAUUUAUAUAUACACGCCCCGCAACCACCUUCCCCAUGGAUAAAAUGAUAACUGUGUUUUAUACAAUUGGAACACCUUUGCUUAACCCUCUGAUUUAUACACUGAGAAAUGCUGAGGUGAAAAAUGCCAUGAGGAAAUUGUGGAGCAAGAAACUGAUUUCAGAAGACCAAAGAUUAAUGGAAAUUUCAAAUCCUUCUUCAUAGUUUGCAUUGACCUACCAUAAUUCAACAAAGCAUAUUAUCUUCUUAUUGUGGAUUUCAUAGAAUCCUAUUUUGUGGGAAAAGUGCUACUUCCUUCAGGAAAAUGGGUAGUAUAAACACACACAGUGGUUAGUGUUGAGUCAAUUUUAAGUAGAGGAAGAGACAAAAGCAGGUACAAACAGGUAUGUCAGACCAACUGCUUUUUAUUUUUUACUGUUGUCUCUCUAACUCUCUUGGAUAACUAGAACCACUUGCAGUUUUGAUCUGGUGUUUUUCUGUCCUUCUUCAUGUUGAUUUCUGGUGUCACUCCACCAU